AUGUCAGCUUAUUCCGAUGCAUUAGUAACAAGCACAUCAAAUAGAAUUAAUUUUCGUGAUAUAACAAAUGACAAAAUAAAAAAACUAUGUUUUAAUAAAAUGAAACCACAACCUCUCAAUUAUUUAAUAAAUCAAAAUAAGCAUACAAUAUUAUCUAUCUGUUUUAUUUUAAUUAUUAUUUAUUGUCAAAUAUUUUCGAUUUUAUAUCCUAUAAUGUUAAAUAUUUACUCUAAACAUGAAUAUUUUAAUGAACAAUUACAAAUUGAAAACGAAAAAUUAAAUAAAUUUAAACAAAAAAGAUCAAUGGCAACUUCAUAUCGUGUAAAAGAUGUUCAUCAAAAUAAAGUUACAAUUGAUUAA